AUGGGUGAAGCAGCAGCAACAGCAGCACUGCUUGACAUGAGGGACGAUGGGGACGAAGAAGAUGCAGAAGGGCAGCCAUGGAGGAGAGCCAUUAUUGCUAUAAAUGAUGGAGGCUAUAAGACAGGAGAUAGUGAUCAAGAAAGGAAGGCGAGUGAGAUGAAGAAAGUGAAAGAGAGUUUGAAAAGAAUUGAGUAUUUAAAAGAGCCGUGUGUUAGUGAUAUUGACUUUGGAGAGAUUUAUGCGAAGUGUGGGACUUUCGAGGCUUGUACGAAAGUCAGGCUAGAUGAUGAGUAUCUUGACAAGGAAGAGCUUAAGGAAAAGAGAAAGGAGGAAGCUCAACUUAGUGAAAAUGAGAGGUUUUUCAAGGUUGAAGAAUUUUUACUUAGAGAAGGCAAGCUUUGCGUGUCCAGUUCUUCCUGGAGAGAGUUGCUGAAAUCCAAGCCACCAGAAUUGCAUCCUCGAUCCAAGCUGGAGCAGUUGAAGACAAUUGGUAGGGAGCUCGCAAUGGGCUCCCAAGGCGGAUUUGGACAGUCCAAAGAGUUUCUCGACCUAAUCAAAUCCAUCGGCGAAGCCCGAUCCAAAGCUGAAGAAGAUCGAAUCGUGAUUAACGAGAUCGAAACCCUUAAAAAACGAAUCAUCGAGCCUGAUAUACCUAAAAGGAAGAUGAAAGAGUACAUAAUACGAUUAGUGUACGUCGAGAUGUUAGGCCACGAUGCAUCGUUUGGGUACAUACAUGCUGUGAAAAUGACUCAUGAUGAUAAUUUGCAUCUUAAACGUACUGGUUAUUUAGCUGUGACGCUUUUUUUGAAUGAGGAUCAUGACUUGAUUAUCUUGAUUGUGAAUACUAUUCAGAAGGACUUGAAAUCGGAUAAUUAUUUGGUGGUUUGUGCCGCGUUGAAUGCCGUUUGUAAGUUGAUUAAUGAGGAGACUAUUCCAGCAGUGUUGCCACAGGUGGUGGAGUUGUUAGGGCAUUCUAAAGAAGCUGUUAGGAAAAAGGCUGUUAUGGCACUUCAUCGGUUUUUUCAGAAAUCGCCAUCGUCCAUUUGCCAUCUUGUCUCCAAUUUCAGAAAGAGGCUAUGUGACAAUGAUCCUGGCGUAAUGGGUGCUACACUUUGUCCUCUUUAUGAUCUUAUUGCUGCAGAUGUUAAUUCUUAUAAGGAUUUGGUUGUCAGCUUUGUAAGCAUUCUAAAACAAGUAGCGGAACGGAGGUUGCCCAAGAGUUAUGAUUAUCAUCAGAUGCCUGCUCCAUUCAUUCAGAUCAAAUUGUUGAAAAUUCUGGCAUUACUGGGAAGCAGCGACAAAAAAGCCAGUGAACAAAUGUAUACUAUUGUUGGUGACAUUAUGAGAAAAAGCGAUUCAACCAGUAAUAUAGGAAAUGCUAUUCUAUAUGAGUGCAUAUGUUGUGUUUCCUCAAUACAUCCUAACCCCAAAGUAUUAGAAUCUGCGGCAGAAGCAGUUGCCAAAUUUUUGAAGAAUGAUAGCCAUAAUCUAAAGUACUUGGGGAUUGAUGCGCUUGGUAGAUUGAUAAAGAUAAGUGCAGAAAUUGCUGAGCAGCACCAACUAGCAGUGAUUGAUUGUUUAGAGGUUGGAAAUGUUACUUCUCAGGUUUCUUCUAAACAAAUGAUAUUUCAAUUUAUGGAGCCAUCACAAUGUUGGCUUUCCUUUCUGUUUAUGGCUGCAAUACAUAGCUAGAAUAUUCAGCUAUUU